AUAUGUACAUUGGGUUGCCUACUCAGUUGCGCGUAGCGUCGUUAGUUUACGUCCACUUUGCUUGGUUAUAAACCCUUUUCUGCUGCAAAACGUCUUAUUUUCGAAUGAAAACACCGCUUUAAUUAACAAAAUGUGUUUGCAAAACUAUUAUUCGAAGUAGACUGAACCCACACACACCUAUUUCACUACCCGAAGAGAUUACAACGACCACAACAUGUCCACGAAAAAGGUAUCCUACUUCUACAACCCUGAUGUUGGCAAUUUUCAUUAUGGCACUGGGCACCCGAUGAAGCCCCACAGGCUAUCAGUGAUACACAGCCUUGUGUUGAAUUAUGGGCUACACAACAAAAUGAGCAUCUACAGACCAUACAAUGCCAGUGUUCAUGAUAUGUGCAGGUUUCAUUCAGAUGAAUACAUAGAUUUUCUUCAACGAGUAACUCCACAAAACAUCCAGGCCUACACAAAACACCUCAGUCAUUAUAACGUUGGAGAUGAUUGUCCUGUUUUCUAUGGAUUGUUCGAUUUCUGCUCAAUGUACACUGGAGCUUCAUUGGAAGGGGCGAUGAAGUUGAAUAAUAAUAAUUGUGAUAUUGCUAUCAAUUGGUCAGGUGGUUUACAUCAUGCGAAAAAGUUUGAAGCCUCAGGUUUUUGCUAUGUGAAUGAUAUAGUAAUAGCAAUUUUGGAGUUAUUAAAGUAUCACCCAAGAGUAUUGUACAUUGACAUAGAUGUACAUCAUGGAGACGGCGUUCAGGAAGCAUUCUAUCUUACUGAUAGAGUUAUGACAGUUAGUUUUCAUAAGUAUGGCAACUAUUUUUUCCCUGGUACUGGUGAUAUGUACGAAGUAGGAGCAGAGUCUGGCCGUUAUUACUCUGUGAACGUCCCAUUCAAAGAAGGCAUCGACGAUUCUUCCUAUUAUCAAGUCUUCAAGCCUGUAAUUUCCAACGUAAUGGAAUUUUACAAUCCUACUGCAAUCGUGCUGCAGUGCGGCGCGGAUUCCCUCGCUAACGAUCGCCUUGGUUGUUUUUCACUCUCUACAAAAGGUCACGGUGAUUGCGUGAAAUUUGUUAAAGAUCUGAACGUGCCAACGCUUGUUGUUGGUGGUGGUGGAUACACAUUGAGAAAUGUCGCGCGUUGUUGGACGUAUGAAACUUCUCUGCUGGUUGAUGAACAAAUCAGUAAUGAGUUACCCUAUACUGAGUAUUUGGAGUUUUUCGCGCCUGAUUUUACGCUGCAUCCUGAGGUUGUUACUAGACAAGAGAAUGCUAAUAGUAGACAAUAUCUGGAGGCAAUUACUAAGUAUGUCUAUGAUAAUCUGAAGACGUGUCAGCAUAGUCCCAGUGUACAGAUGCAUGAUGUACCUUCUGAUGCUAUCAUGGAAGAUGAAAAGGUGAAGAAGGAGGAGGAUCCAGAUACGAGGAUUUCACAGGAGUUGGAGGAUAAGAUGGUGGAUGUGAAGAACGAGUUUUAUGAUGGUGAUAAGGAUCAGGACAAGCCUGAUGAGGAGCCGUAGUUUUGCUCAAGAGACGAUGCCUACCCUUUCAAGCUCCUAAACCAUCUGGAAGUGACCCUAGAUGACCAUUCAAUACCACCAUUUGUGAUUUUGUGAAAACACGCCGUGGAAAAUGCCUUAGAACAUAGGAACCAUAAGAGUGAAUUUAAGUUUCUACCAUUUUAUGGAGUAUUUUAUUGUUGUUUCAUCAGCGCCCCACAUUCACUCUGUAGUGCGCCUAAAAGUGCCCCAAAAUUACCAUUAAAAACACCCCCUAAUUGUGAUUUUGUGAAAACACGCGGUGGAAAAUGGGCUAUAACUCGCGAAUCAUAAGGGUGAUUUUUAGUUUCUUUGUAUGAGUAUAUAGCUAAAGAGUUGAUGUUUCAUCUGCGCUUUAGAUUCACCCUGUAGGGCACCUAGAAGUGCCUCAAAAUGGCCGCUGAAAACACGCUUGUUUGUGAUUUUGUGAAAACACGCGGUGGACAAUGGGCUGUAACUCACGAACCAUAAGGGUGAUCUUCAUUUUCUUUAUAUGAGUUUAUAGCCAAAGACUUGCUGUUUCAUCUGCGCUUUAGAUUCACCCUGUAGGGCACCUAGAAGUGCCUCAAAAUGGCCGCUGAAAACACGCUUGUUUGUGAUUUUGUGAAAACACGCGGUGGAAAAUGGGCUGUAACUCACGAACCAUAAGGGUGAUCUUCAGUUUCUUUAUAUGAGUUUAUAGCUAAAGACUUGCUGUUUCAUCUGCGCUUUAGAUUCACCCUGUAGGGCACCUAGAAGUGCCUCAAAAUGGCCGCUGAAAACACGCUUGUUUGUGAUUUUGUGAGAACACGCUGUGGAAAAUCGGCUAUAACUCGCGAAUCAUAAGGGUGAUUUUUAGUUUCUUUGUAUGAGUUUAUAGCUAGAGUGUUGUUGUUUCAUCUGCACUCUAGAUUCACCCUGUAGGGCACCUAGAAGUGCCUCGAAAUGGCCGCUGAAAACACGCUUGUUUGUAAUUUUGUGAAAACACGCGGUGGGAAAUCGGCUAUAACUCGCGAACCAUAAGGGUAAUUUUUAGUUUCUUUGUAUGAGUUUAUAGCUAAAGAGUUGCUGUUUCAUCUGCGCUUUAGAUUCACCCUGUGGGGCACCUAGAAGUGCCUCAAAAUGGCCGCUGAAAACACGCUUGUUUGUAAUUUUGUGAAAACACGCGGUGGAAAAUCGGCUAUAACUCGCGAACCAUAAGGAUAAUUUUUAGUUUCUUUGUAUGAGUUUAUAGCUAAAUAGUUGAUGUUUCAUCUGCGCUUUAGAUUCACCCUGUGGGGCACCUAGAAGUGCCUCAAAAUGGCCGCUGAAAACACGCUUGUUUGUGAUUUUGUGAAAACACGCGGUGGAAAAUGGGCUGUAACUCUCGAACCAUAAGGGUGAUUUUUAGUUUCUUUGUAUGAGUUUAUAGCUAAAGAGUUGCUGUUUUAUCUGCGCUUUAGAUUCAUCCUGUAAUGUGUCUAGAAGUGCUUCAAAAUGACCGCUGAAAACACCCUUUUGUUUGUGAUUUUGUGAAAACACGCGGUGGAAAAUGGGUUAUAACUCGCGAACUGUAGGGGUGAUUUUUAGUUUCUUUGUAUGAGUUUAUAGCUAGAGAGUUGCUGCUUCAUCUGCACUUUAGUUUCACCCUGUAGUGUGCCUACAAGUGCCUCAAAAUGGCCGCUGAAAACACCCUUUUGUUUGUGAUUUUGUGUAAGCACGCAGUGGAAAAUGGGUCAUAACUCACGAACCAUGAAGUUGAUUUUCACUUUUUUUUAUAUAUUUAACCUAUGAAAGAGUUGUUAUUUAUUGUAGAAAUUUUUUAUAGCCAUGACAUAAAUUGUUUUUGUAAUAAACAAUAUUUUUAAA